UAAUAACAAUAAUAAUAAUAAUAAAAAAAGGCACGCGUUCCCGCUGUAAAAAAAAAAAAAAAUGAUGAUUCCCCCCAAACAAGUCACACACACACACACACUGUAAUGCAUGACGCACAUCUUUUUUUUGAUUGUAGACAUGUGACCUAUUUAUCUUUCCUACCAUGUCUGAAGAAUACAUCAUUUCCGAGUUAAAAAGACGUCAAUUAUGUACGUCAAUACAAUCGAUCCAAUCUCUAUCAGGCGGUUGUAUUAGUACCGCCCAACGUUAUUCUACAGACACAGGGGAUUUCUUUGUAAAGACAAAUUCAGAUGCUAAAGCGGAACAAUGGUUUCUAGCAGAAUCAUUGGCUUUAGAACGUAUGCAUGAAGCUGUACCAGGAUUCGUACCACGUCCUCUUUUCUUUUACAGUCAGAGGGAUCAUCCCGCUUUUAUUGUGACAGAAUUCAUGAGGUUGUCUACGGCAGAAAAGAGACUUCCGGACAUGCAACGCCAAUUAGGAACAUCACUAGCCCAUUUACAUUCCCAUCAAGCACCUCAAUACGGGUUUCCUGUCACUUCUUUUUGUGGUACUACCCAACUCAACAAUACACCCAACUCAAACUGGUGUGAUUUCUUUCGUCAUCAGCGUUUACAACCUUUGUUGGAUGCGGUGGCAGGUCAGAACCCAGAUCUAGACAGGUUAGGUCAGUCGGUCGUCCGUCAUUUGGAUCAUCUCUUGGCAGAUAUCCACCAGAAACCCUCUUUACUUCAUGGUGAUUUAUGGAACGGCAAUUGGGCUGUCAGAGACCAUCAGCCAGUGAUCUUUGAUCCUGCAUCCUAUUAUGGACAUCAUGAGGCGGAGUUUGGAAUAAUGAAGAUGUUUGGUGGCUUUACUUCAGACUGUUUCGAUGCUUAUUAUGAUGUGGCGGGGUGUGAUGAGCCAGAGGAGGAACGUUUGAGGUUGUAUGAAAUGUAUCAUCAUUUAAAUCAUUUUUUCAUGUUUGGUGAAGGGUAUGACACAAGCUGUGUAAGUCUGAUGGAGUCCCUUCUCUAAUAAUAAAUUUAUUAUGUACGACCCUUUUGUUGAGAAGCACAAAGUGUGGGUACUUGGACGAUAGUACUCAUGUAAUGCAAAUGCGUUUUAAAAAAAGAGUAUAUGUGUGUGUGUGUGUGUGUGUGUGUGAGAGAGAGAGAGAGAGAGAAAGAAAUGUAUACAUAAAUAUAUAUAUAUAUGAGAGAAAGAUGUGCAUGCAAGUGAUGAUCUUUUUUUUUUUUUUUU